AUGUUCAAAACACAUCAUUCAAGUAGAAUAGGCGAAGAAAAUUAUCUUCGAGCAAUCUAUCUUGGAUGCUAUGAAGAAAGAAUAGAUGACGACAAUAACCGAUUACUGAAAUUUCCCCACGAAAGAUAUUCAGAUAACACUCCGCAAAAAGGUUCUGAAGAAUGUUUCAAAAUCGGAUUUCUAUACUCUGGAUCAACAAAUGGAGAACUAGAGGGAGCUGCUUGUUGGUGUGGUAAUCAAUAUCCCUCAAUAAAAUUCAAAAAAAACGACACGAAAUGUAAUUCUCUCUGUUCCGGCGACAAGACAAAAAAAUGCGGUGGUCUGUGGAGAUUGAGCGUUUAUUCCACAGGGAUCGUUGAUUAUCCACUCAAAAAAUCGGUUGGCUGUUACAAUUUGGUCGAUUUCAAUCAGUAUGAUAACAAAGUAUACACUUUAAAGGAAACCAUUGAUUCGCACAGGUGUUUUUAUAUUUGUAACGAGAGAGGAUCUAAGUACGCGGCAGUCAGCGAAGAUCAUUGCGAAUGCAGCGCUGAAAUACCGGGUACAAACCAACGAAAAAAUCAAGAAGAAUGUAAAAAAUGUUCUGGAGACGAAUCGGAAUAUUUCGGUAGUCCCAGCUCAAUAAGUGUCUAUAAAAACGAUUGGUUGGGCAUGGAUACCGGAAAUCUAUCGAAAACUCAUUUUGGAUGCUUUGAAAACAACUGGAUGUAUCCAGUGAUGGAUGGAUGGAAUAUAUCAUUUCCUAAACAAAUGACCUCACAAAAAUGCGUUUCUAGUUGUUUCGCCCGAGGAUAUCCAAUUGCAGCACUAGUGUCUUCUUUCGUAAGUCCGCCGAUCGAAGCCAAGUCGAAAGCCGGAGGACCGUAUUGCAACGCCCCGUGUUCGGGUGGCAAGGAAAACGAGUGUGGCGAUCACGAACAUUACAACGUGUUCACCACCGGGCUGAAAACGUCCAGAGUGCCGGGUAACCAUUACCUGGGUUGCUACGAAGAGACGGACGUGUACAGGAUGUUCAAGAAAAACCAGAUCGUCGAAAUCCCGUACGUCAAUACGCCGAACAUCUGUUCCAAGCACUGCGACAGCGCGGGCUACGAAUAUUUCCAACUGUCCAGCAGAGAAUCGUGUUUUUGCGGAAACAUUCAUCCGGCGGACGACGGCGUGGUACGGAUCGAUGACAUCAAAUGUUCCAUCCAGUGUUCGGGUGACGCGAACAAAUAUUGCGGAGGGAUGUUUAAAAUCGCGGCGUUCCGUAUAGGUAAAUAG